AUGUCCUAUCAGUAUCAUGGAGGAACCAACUUUGGACAUACUUCGGGAGGUCCUUUCAUUACUACCAGCUAUGACUAUGAUGCUCCUAUUGAUGAAUAUGGCUUGGUUAGGCAGCCAAAAUAUGACCAUUUGAAGGGGCUUCAUAGGGCGAUAAAGUUACGCGAACCAGCUUUGGUUUCUGCUGAUCCUACUGUCAUGGCCUUGGGAAACUAUGAACAGCUGAUGGAGUCAUUUGAAACAAUGCCUUUUAGCAGAAGCAAUACAAAUGCGAUGAACAUGGAUAAUUCGUCAAAAGUGGAGUAUGGGCAUCUCAUUAAACUAUCUCGCUCUUCACAAAAUCCAUCACCAUCUCUUGUCAACCAGUGGAACUCCGAGGAUGAUGAAUCUCCAAUGCCAUCGUCACAGUACAAUCUACUGGUUGAGCCUAGUCCAUUGGGCUUGCAGUUGAACAAGACUCAAAUCAUUAUUAGAAUUGAUCGAGAAGAGGCUCUCCGAGGAAUAUAG